AUGGCAAUUCGAGGAGUAGCCUUCGUCUGCCUAGCAAGCCUAAUCUCCGCUCAGCAGAUUAAUAGUGCACAUGGAGUUAUUCCGGCAACCUCGGGAACGGUUACACCAGCAGCGGCAGUAGUCGCCGCAAAGGGUAACUUUGCUUGGGAAUCUGUCCAAUUGACACAAUCGGUCCUGACCAACCUUACGAACUUGAAUUUGACCAACAUUGCACUCUUCAAAUAUCCGACAAGCACUGCAGCCUCGACAAGUCAGUGCAAAGUCUUCCCUGGGGAUGCGGAUUGGCCGGGGCCUGUUACCUGGGAGAUUCUUAAUAUCUUGAGUGGUGACGCAUUGAUCAAGACUGUUCCUCUCGCAGCUCCAUGCUUCACCAGCUGGCCGGAAUAUAAUGCAACAGAGUGUGCUAUCAUCACAAGUUCGUGGAGUGAUCCACAUCUUCAUGUUGCCAAUCCUACAUCAGCUCAAUGGCCACUAUAUGAAGGCCUGACAUGCGUCCCACCUUCACUGAGAAGCGAAGCCACCAACUGCACAAUUGGAGGCUAUGCAGCAUACUCUAUCAAUGUUACGAAUGUUGCCCAGAUUCAAUUAGCGCUGAAUUUUGCUCGGAAUCUCAACCUUCGUCUAGUUGUCCGGAAUACUGGUCACGACUUUGCUGACAAGUCGGUUGGUGCUGGAUCUCUGUCACUUUGGACUCGCAACCUCGAUAGUCUUGAGUUUUACAAGGACUACACGUACGGAUCGUAUAGUGGGCCUGCUUUCGUUAUGGGAGCUGGUGUUGAGACCGCCGAUGUGUAUCUCUUGGCAGAGCAGAACAAUGUUACUGCGGUUGGUGGAGAAUGUAGAACGGUUGGUAUCGCCGGUGGCUAUAUUGCUGGUGGAGGGCAUUCUCCCAUGUCCAGUCUCAAAGGGAUGGCGGCAGAUCAGGUUCUCUUCAUGAAAGUCGUUCUCCCCAGUGGCGAAUUUGUGACGGCCAGCGCAACUGAGAACCCAGAUCUAUUCUGGGCGCUUCGUGGAGGAGGUGGCAGCACCUUCGGUGUUGUAACCUCAGUGGUCGUCAUGGCAUACCCCAAGAUCCCAGUCACUACAAUGACCUUCAGUUAUUCCAUAAGCAGUACUAUAAGUGCCGAUACCUUCUGGAAUGGACUCGGAGUAUACAUGAAAUAUUUUCCUACAUUUCCAGACGCAGGAAGUUACGGCUACUUCAACAUCGCCCCCAACGCGGCUGGAAACUUGACCUUUACAUUCGAUCCUUUCUGGGGCGCCAACAUGACCAAGAUUCAGACUCAAGCACUCGUCGCUCCUUAUCUCAGCGAUCUGGCAAAGUUGGGUAUCGCAGUGACGCCUGUAUACACCGAGUAUCAAAGUCUCUACCCAGCAUGGAAUGCUUCUUUCCCUCCCGAAGUCGUCGGCGGCUGGACCAACCACGCAGGCAGCCGUCUCUUUCCUCGUGAGAAUUUCGUCAAUGCAACACUUUUGAACGAGACUCUGGCCGUAGUCCGCCACGCCAUCGAAGGCGGUGCGAUCUUAGUCGGGUAUAACAUCAAAUCAGCCGUCAACCCGCACGCCAACCAAAACAAUUCAGUUAACCCCGCUUGGCGCGAAACACUCACCCAUUUCAUCCUUCCAGGCCUGUGGGACGCCGACGCAACUUUUGCCCAGAUCCAAAAUGUCAGUGAAACACUGACCAAUGACUGGCUAGCUAGAUGGCGCGCUGUGUCUCCUGGCGCAGGUUCGUAUUUCGCAGAGGGAGAUAUCAACGAGCCAGAUUUCCAGCAGUCGUUUUAUGGGUCUUAUUAUCCGCAGUUAUUGGCGAUGAAGAAGGAGUUUGAUCCGUGGGAUUUAUUUUAUGCGCCGACGGCGGUGGGUUCCGAGUAUUGGUAUAUUACGGGGCAGAUUCCAUAUAUUCCUACGCAGAAUGGGAGGUUGUGCAGGAAGACGUGA